AUGGCUGUCACCGCCAGCUUGGCUCAUCCAUGGGUCGUCCUGAGACAAGCUUUCCGAACAGUCGCAGCUUCUUCUUAUCUUCACACAACUCCCAAAACCCUAAUCACAAACUGCUCUGUUCCCGCUUCUUUUCCUCUCCGACAUUCAGCUUUGAGAAGAAGAAGUCAAGCUGCAGAAGCAAUUAAGGGAGAUGUGGAUUUUCUGCUCAAAGGAGUUGGAGACCAAUCUGUUGCUAAAGAAGUUAAGCAAGUCCUUGAAAUGGCAAGACGAGCAGCAUCAAGAAGAGAAGUCCUUCACACUGAUUUUCUAACUCCACCUAUUGUUAAAGAAUCAGUUUCAGUAUUGGGAAAACUUGCUGAUGUUAAGAUAGUUGCUCAGGGAGGUUACCCUGAGGCUGAGCGGUGUAGGAUCUCAAUUGGACACCCUGAUGUCUUAACCAGUGAUCCAGAUACAGUUGCUGCUUUAAGUAUCACAGGGAAUUUCGGGUUUCAACAUUGUUCUCACGGUGACUUCCUUGGAUCGAUUCUUGGCACGGGGAUUUCCAGGGAGAAACUUGGGGAUAUCCUAAUUCAGGAAGACAAAGGAGCUCAGAUACUGAUAGUUCCUGAACUAGUUGACUUCAUUGUUUCAGCUCUCGACAAGGUUGGAAAUGUUUCUGUAACGUGUAGUAAAAUACCUUUGCUUGCUCUUGAAUACGAACCUCCUAGGACGAAUUCUUUUAAAACAGUGGAGGCCUCGUUGAGAAUUGAUGCAGUAGCUAGUGCUGGUUUCAAGAUCUCUCGGUCAAAACUAGUUGAUUUGAUUAGUAGUGGGGACGUUCGGGUUAAUUGGGCAACGGUGACCAAGAACGGAACCAUCGUAAAGACCGGUGAUGUUGUCUCUGUUAGCGGGAAAGGGAGACUCAAGAUUGGAGAAAUCAAUGAAACGAAGAAAGGCAAAUUUGCUGUUGAAAUCAUCAGAUAUCUCUAG